AUGCUGAAUGUCGGUGAGGUUGUGCCAACCGGUGCAAUUAGUAAAACGAGUCGAAUUGGAACCCAUUGCUACAAGCGGUGGAGCAUCGAAACCGGUGAGCUCCGGAAACAAAAUGCGCUACAAUUGCAACGGCAAACGGAAGCGGAACACCGAGUUAUUCGAGAGCUAGUGGAAAAGCAUCGGGUGGACAUCGACAUAAGACGGAAACGUGAACUUGACCUGGUUAGUCGGAUUAAAAAUCUACAGUGGCAGCACGCUGAGGAGCUGAAACAAGCACGUGAUUCGGAGGGAGAUUUGCGAGCUCAGCUUGCAAGGCAAGGCCAUGGACGAUUAGAACUGGAGGUCCAAGUGAAAUCCCUGGAGAAGCUACUCGUCGAGGAGCAUGAGCGAAGACGCACUUCGGAAGCAGAUUUGCGGAAUCGGCUGUCACUACGGAAUAGGGAAUGCGAGGCGCUGCAACUUCAGCUAGCAGAACUGGAGACUGAAAUUCAGUGUCUGCGGGGCACCGCACAGCAGCUGCAAUCCCAGUUAGAAGCAGCUCAGCAACGCGAGUACGAAUCGGAUCGCCAACGAAAUGAAGCGGUCACAGAGUAUUGGAACCUGCACGACGAAGUGCAACAGUUCGUCAGGCGUAAUCAGGAUCGGCCAGCGGAUGAAGGUUCUCCUCCAUUACCCCCUCCGCCAGAGUCUUGGUUUGAAGCGGAAAAUGCAAAUAACGUUGAAUGUUCCAAUCGCGUCGAGUCAGAUCCUUGUUUUCCUCCUCCUCCUCCUCCAAUUUCGGUAGAUCCUGGUUUGGUUAGUGGUCAGCGGAAUUACGUAGCACAAGCCGGAAUAUUGGGGGAUGGAAUUCGGAACAUGACUGGUCCCAUUUCCUCUGCAAGUAUCCAUCCACAUAUCCAAUCACAGCCUCAAAUAUCGUCCUUUUUGAGCGGUUCUUUGGGUCCGACGCCACAACAGAUCGCUGCUAGACAGGUGGUAACCAGGGAGCUCCCCACAUUCUCCGGAGAUCCGAUCGAUUGGCCCCUAUUUAUUAGCAGCUAUAGGCAUUCUACACAGGCUUGCGGGUACACCGACUCCGAAAACCUUUUGCGCUUGCAACGUAGCUUGAAAGGUAGCGCAAAGGAUUCAGUCAGCAGUUUCUUGCUCCACCCGUCGACAGUACCACAAGUAAUGUCUACACUGCAACAACUGUACGGUCGCCCGGAACAGAUUGUGAACAACAUGAUCGCCAAGGUUCAGGUAAUACCCUCUACGAAACCCGACCGAUUGGAUACACUGGUUAGUUUUGGACUGAUAGUUCAAAAUCUCUGCGGUCACCUGAAAGCGGUCGGCUUAGAGAAACAUCUGGCGAAUCCUAUACUUCUGCAAGAGCUCGUUGACAAGCUACCGGCGACGGUGAAGUUCAGCUGGGCCCUCUACCAGGAGCAAGUACAAGAUGUGGAUUUGAACGUGUUCAGCAGCUACAUGGCGAGGAUAUCUUCGGCAGCAAGUGGCGUAACUCAGCUGUCCAAUAUUCCACAGAAAUCUGGAAAAGAUGAGAAAGGUCGCUUGAAGGAGAGAUCGUUCGUGAACACGCACGUUUCCACGGAUAAAGCGAAAGUGAGUCGCCAAGAAAAUGCAGAAAAGGCGGGAGUCAGAGGUGGAAAGCCGAGAGAAAAGGAUGCCGCACCGAGUAACACGAAGUCGUGUUCCGUUUGCAACGUCGACAGUCAUCAAAUCGACAAUUGCUCGUCGUUCAAAGGACUCGAUCUGGAUGGCAGAUGGAAAGCGGUAAAAGGAAACAAAUUGUGCGCUCGUUGUCUCACUUCGCAUGCGCGAUGGCCGUGUAAGGGAGAAGUGUGCGGAAUCAACGACUGCCCAAAACGACAUCAUCGACUACUUCACUUCGAGCCACCAAUGUCAUCGAAAACUACCAGUGCGGUGGUUACAGUUCAUCGGCAGCUGUCGUCGUCUACGCUUUUUCGGAUCCUCCCAAGCGGUCCAUUGCCGACGCACUCGGUGCAAGCGGAAGUGAAGAACUUGAACAUCGAAUGGACCGGAGGCAUAAACAAGACGAUUGCUGGAACAGAAGUCGUCACGAUGGAGAUUUCCGAGGCCGGUGGAAAUAGGCGGUACAGGUUGUCCGAAGUCUACACCGUCGACAAUCUCGGACUACCACAACAGACCACCGAUUACGCAGAGCUCGCUAACCGAUACGCGCAUCUCAACAAGCUGCCGGUGAAGAGCUUCCGAUGUGCUGUACCAGGAAUCCUAAUCGGUCAAAGCAAUGUUCACCUACUCGCUACUCUAAGGCUGCGGGAAGGUGAAUUGAACGAACCGAUCGCAACGAAGACCAGGAUCGGAUGGGCAGUUUGUGGCAAUGUGCGGAAACCACAAGCCAAUACGGUGUACAAGCAGCUACACAUACAUGCUGAACCAUCUGUAGUAGACCUCCACGAGUACGUCCGGCGCUUCUUCGACAUCGAGAGCAUGGGUGUAGCGGUGGUGCCAGCCGUGAGAGGUGUUGACGAUGACGACACGACGGUUGAACGACAAGAAAACCCACAGCUUUACGAAAGUGUGCGUCAACAAAUGGCGGAAUUCAAAGACAAAGGCUACAUUCACGAAGCGACAGUGGAAGAAAUGGAGGAGUUUGAUCUGCGGCGUACAUGGUUCCUGCCGAUUGGAGUCGUCGUAAACGAGAAAAAACCUGGAAAGGUUCGAGUUAUCUGGGAUGCAGCGGCGAAAGUAGAGGGCAUCUCGCUGAAUUCAAUGCUGCUCAAAGGACCGGAUCUUCUGACACCGUUACUGUCUGUGAUGUUUCCGUAUCGGGAGCGUCAAAUCGCAGUGUCCGCAGAUAUUAAGGAGAUGUUCCUACAAAUCUCAAUUCGGAAAGAGGACCGCAGUGCUCUACUGUUUCAGUACCGAGAUUCCCCAGACCUACCGAUGAGUACCAUGUUCAUCAAGAACCUAAACGCUACAGAGCAGGAAGCAGAGUUUCCACGAGGUGCGGCCGCAGUGAAGAAGCGGCAUUACGUGGACGAUUACGUAAACAGUCACGAUACAGCGGAAGAAGCGAUCGAGGUGGCGAAGGAAGUGAUCGAGGUGCACAAACGAGCGGGAUUCCAUAUCCGUAAUUGGAUGUCAAGUGAUCGAAGCGUAGUCGAGAAGUUGGGUGAAGCGAACCAGAAGCCGUCAAAAGACAUGUUAUCGGAGAAGGACAUCGGACUGGAGCGAGUGUUGGGAAUGGCGUGGAUACAGAGAGAGGAUGUCUUCGUAUUUUCACUGCAGUUUGGCGAGAAGGUGCGUAUGCUGUUGGCAGACACCAAGAUUCCCACGAAACGACAAAUGCUCCGACUUGUCAUGAGCAUCUACGACCCUCUAGGUUUGGUAGCUUCGUUCGUGGUCCACGGGAAAAUUAUUAUCCAAGAUGUGUGGCGGACAAAAACAGAUUGGGACAGCUUCAUUCCUGAGGAAAUCGCUAAGCGCUGGACUGAGUGGAUAGUGUUGCUGAAGAAGAUGGUCGAACUGCGCAUUCCACGGUGUUAUUUUCCUAGAUACAACCCGGAAAGCUUUAAAACCCUGGAGCUACAUGUUUUCGUAGACGCGAGCGAGCAGGCGUUUGCAGCGGUGGCAUAUUUCCGGAUAAUAGAUCAAGGGAAGAUCAGAGUAGCACUAGUCUCUUCGAAAACGAAGGUUGCACCGCUUCAAGGACUCUCGAUACCUCGGCUAGAAUUGAUGGCUGCGGUGUUGGGAGCACGCCUACGGAAAACCAUCGAGGAAAACCACACGUUGAAAAUCCAAAAAACGUUCUUCUGGAGCGAUUCGACGACAGUUUGCUCGUGGAUCAAGUCGGAAACGCGUCGUUAUCGGCAGUUCGUUGCCUUCAGAGUCGACGAAAUAUUGAGCAACUCGAGCAUCGAUGAAUGGCAGUGGAUUUCGACGAAGAUCAACGUUGCGGAUGAAGCCACCAAAUGGGGAAAAGGUCCGUCAUGCAAUGUGUAUAGUCGCUGGUUUCAAGGUCCCGAAUUUCUCUACGGCAGCAAAGCAGGUUGGUCAAUGAUUCCUGAAGAAGAUACGGAUGAAAGUGACAAGGAGCUGCGGGAGGCAUACGUCUUUAACCAUCAUAUAAGACAACCGGUGAUAGACACUUCAAGGUUUUCGCGAUUUGAGAGGAUGCUACGCUCGGUGGCAUACGUUCACCAUUUUGUGAAUAUCUUACGUGCUGCGAAAGACAGUAGAUCGGCAGACAUAGUUGGGGUGACGAGCGUAGAAAUACAGAUGGCAGAAAGAACGUUGUGGUUGGUUGCGCAGUCCGAUGCCUUCCCGGAAGAGGUUGCGAUCCUCAAACAGAACUUGGUGCGGAGCAAGAAUCAUCAGAAGCAAAUCGAAACAUCUAGCCAGCUGGUACAGCAGUCACCGUUUGCUGAUGAAUACGGAGUAUUGCGGGUAGGCAGUAGAGCAGCAGAAGCACCAAUACCCUACGAUGCAAAGUACCCUAUAAUCUUGCCAAGAAACAAUCGGAUUACUGAGCUGUUGUUGGAUUUCUACCAUCGGAGAUACGGCCAUGCUAAUGAUGAAACCGUGGUCAACGAGGUGCGUCAGAAAUUCCACGUGCCACGGCUACGAGUGCAAGUUCGACUGGCAAGGAAACGCUGUAUGUGGUGCCGCGUGUACAAGUCAACACCGGUGUAUCCGAAAAUGGGACCGCUCCCGGCGGAGCGACUGCAACCAGCUGUACGCGCAUUUACGUAUGUGGGCGUAGACAUUUUUGGACCGUAUUUAGUGAAAGUCGGAAGGAGUGCGGUGAAGCGAUGGGUCUGCCUUUUCACCUGCCUUACGGUCAGAGCUAUCCACCUUGAAGUUGUUGCCAGUUUAUCAACCGAUGCGUGCAAGAAGGCGAUCAGAAGGUUCAUCGCACGCCGAGGUUCUCCACGAGAAAUUUUCUCUGACAACGGCACGAAUUUUGUAGGAGCGAGUCGGGAGCUUCAGGAGGAGAUCGGCAGGAUUCACACCGAGCUGGGUAGCACCUUUACCAACGCCCAAACGCAAUGGCGGUUCAACCCACCGGCAGCUCCUCACAUGGGAGGGUGUUGGGAGAGGAUGGUUCGCGCCGUGAAGUCUGCCCUAGGGAGCGUUCCUACUGUGCGGAAGUUGGACGAUGAGUCGUUCGCUACGGUUUUAGCUGAGGCGGAAAGUAUGGUGAACUCCAGACCACUUACGUUCAUCCCGCUGGAAACGUCCGACCAUGAGUCACUGACCCCGAAUCACUUCUUACUGCUGAGUUCGAAUGGCGUGCGGGAACCUGAGAAGUUUCCGAUGGAUGCAGGAAUGGCGUUGAGAAGCAGUUGGAAUAUGGUGAAACACACGCUAGACAACUUCUGGCGCCGCUGGGUGCUGGAAUAUCUACCAACUAUAAUACGUCGGACGAAGUGGUUUCGGGAUGUGAAGCCGAUCGAGGUAGGUGAUCUUGUACUCGUAGUUGACGAAAAUGUGAGGAACCGGUGGAUACGUGGACGUGUGAUCCAGGCUAGUCCUGGGAAAGAUGGCGUUCCGCGUCGAGCGGAUGUGAUGACAUCAGGAGGAGUUUUGAAGAGACCUGUUACGAAGUUGGCUGUGCUGGACGUUGCAGGGUCUGGUGACGCUAUGCUGGAAGUCAAGGCGACACGGGGGGGAGGAUGUUCGCCGCAACAGCCCCUCGUAUUGAACAGCUCUAAUGGUGAUCGACGUGAGCCUCCAUCCGUGGGCAUGAGAUCGCUUGACGGCGAUAAUGUGUCAAACUAA